GAGCAAAUACAAACAGAAGAUGCUACGGUAAAUAGGAGAGGCACAACCAACGGUUCUGUCCACCUCUCCUUCUACAUGGCGGCGUCGUAGCGGUGACGGAGAAAAAAGAAAUGGCGGGGAAGCACGUUUUUUGUUUUAUGCGUGUGCGUUUGCUCGCAGGCUUCGCGCGUUUAUAGCACCCCUUGUACGUUUGGCCAUCGCGGAUCCGCAGUGGUGUGAUGCGUGGGAGGCUCAAGAAGGAAUCAGUGGCGAAGCGACGCAAACCCCAACGUAAACGACGUGUUAAUCGAAGGGAGUUGCACCCUUCUUUAAUUCGUUCUCUUUCGCCCUUUGCCGUCUGUGUCUGAAAGGGAAGGAGACGAACAUACGUUUCCUUGCUCAUGAAAAUAAUCCACUCUCUCUCCUUCUGUCAUCUCCGUUUCUCAUUCGUAUCCCACUCGUUCAUUCUACCGAGAGCGACGUGGGCGUGUUGGACGCUGCAGUCCCAAUUCGUCGUGAAUUUCCUCUAGGACCUACACGCGCUUCUCUCCUCUCUCUCUCUUUCCCUUUCCACUCAUAUCGGCGAGCGACUUCCACCACGUCCCCCCGCGGGUGCGAGAUGGCGAUCGAAUUUGUCAUUUUGGUGAACAAGCAGGGGGAGACGCGGCUGUCGUACUUUCGCCAUCACAUCGCUCUCGACGUCCGUGUCGCGCUGGAGAGCGAGGCGGCGCGCAAAUGUCUGCACCGGCGGGAGGGCGACUGCAGCUUCGUUGACCACCUCCACUAUAAACUCAUUUACCGCCGAUACGCCUCAUUGUAUUUUAUUGUAGGUGUGGAUAACACACCACGGCAGAGCCCCGUGGCAAGCUACGAUGUAUUCCAAGAAAACGAUCUGAGCAUUAUGGAGUUUAUCCAGGCUGUCAUGGAGGCCUUUGACGCCUACUUUGAGAGCGCCUGUGAGCUGGACCUCAUGUACAACUCCGAAAAAGCGUACUUUAUUCUGGAAGAGAUGCUUGCCAACGGUCGCAUAGCGGAGAUGAAUGCGUACAACGUCUUGCAGCCCAUCUUUAUCAUGGACUCCGAGAACCCUGCUCCGCAGUUCUGA